AUGCGCUUCCUAUUCGCUUUUGGCUUCGGCGUGCUCCUGUGCCUGCUCCUGGCUCAGGAGGGCAGUGGGGCGUCCUCCACAACCUCCACCUCCUCCUCUGCCAGCACUACCACUACCACUGCCUCCUCGGCCACCACCACGACCACCGCCGCCUCGGCCACCACCACGACCACCGCCGCCUCGGCCACCACCACGACCACCGCCUCCUCCUCCUCCUCCUCGUCCUCUUCCUCGGCGGCUGCCAGGAGACGCAGGCGUGCCCGCCGCCGUCGUCUGGCUAGGGAGCGCCGUCGUCGCCAGGAGCGGAGGCAGCGCCAGGAGACGAGGAGGCGCCGGAUGGAGAAUCUGAUCGCCAGGCAGCGCCGCCUGAUCAACCAACUCCAGGGAUAAUUGGGGGGCGCCCAAGGAUUUUUUAGCGGACAACCGUUCUAUAGAAAUACAAACACUGCAUUAGCCAA